AUGCCCUCUGCUAGGGGGAGAGGCGGAGCCUGUUGGGAACACCUUUUGGAGCCCAAGCGCCUGCGGGACCCUUUGGCAGCUGGGGACUGGAAGCAACGGAACCAAAUGCAGACGGUCCUCGGUUGCUGGGGCGGACGUGGGCCCAAUCUGUCCGUCCUCGCAAGUUUCCCCCAGGGCUGGGACCUGGGUGAGGAGAAGGUGGUCGAGUCCCGGGAGCUCCUUUGGAACCCGCUCCACGCCUGUGGGGGAACUUCCAGGGGACGACGGAUUCGCCCAGCGCAAAGGAAACUCGCGCCUCUGCUCUCACGCUUACUCUCCUCAGCACUCUUUUCAUACCGAGUUCAGAAGUUUCUAAACAGUUUCCCUCGUCCGAGUGUAAUUCUUACGCAAAAGAAUGGAUUUUUUUUUCCCUUCUUCUUCUUCUUCUUUAGGACCCUUUUCACGUUCUCUGCGUUCGGUUGCCAGCCUCCAGGUCGACUUUUUGGCUUUAGGAAUUAA